CCGACGCUAACGGUCGAGAGUCUAUUCGUGUGCCAAAUGCUACCUUUAGCGCCAUGGCUGCUGCUUGUUUGCUUCGCCAUCGUUCCAUCACCGGUCGUGAGUCCUUUGCCUUUACACGAAUUGCCUGCGUUUUGCAGUUACUUAAGCUGCGAAAUCGAUGGCGACCGUAAGGCUUCCGUUCGCUACUACCAACCACUAUGGAGUGGCGGGAUGUCUGGACAGUUCGAUUUUCGCACCUGGAAUUGGACGGAGUUGCACGAGAUGCCGGUAACCGAUGGUGCCCCACUGGAGGUGAACUUUAGCGGACUCGAUGUGAUGGAAAUCGAUAGCCUAUACGGGUACGAGCGCAUCACGAGCCUGAUACUAGACGAGAAUCAAAUUUCAAAGCUAGAACGAGAAUCGUUUGAAAACUUUAAACGUUUAACUAAGCUUUCGUUGCGCCAAAACGCCAUCACAGAGCUAAAAGUUCUGUUACAUCGCAACAAUGAGCUACAGUAUCUGGAUCUUUCGCACAAUCAAAUCACAAGGUUGGACGCUUUUAAGGAGCACCCACUGCUGUCGUGGCCCCGCUUGACGCACCUGAAUCUGUCCUUUAACCGCAUCGAAACCAUCACGCAUCAGCUGUCCAAGCUGGAGCAGCUGGUAUGGCUCGAUCUCUCCAACAAUCAGAUACACCGUGACGGAGGGAACCCAAUGAUCCUGCCGAACAACCUGCGCGAACUGGCCAUGAACAGCAAUCGGUUAACGGAUUGGCCAUUCGAUUCGAUACCACCGUCCGUGAGUCACCUGUCGAUGUGCUGCAACGAGCUGCAGACCCUCAAGCCGGCCAUGGGUGUGCAGUGGCUCGAUCUAUCGCACAACAGCUUGGCGCACAUGGAGACGGACACGUUUCCAGCAGUCGAAGAGCUGAAUAUUUCCAGUAAUUACUUCGAUAGCUUACCGUUUCUGAGCAACUCAUCAGACUCUUGGCCCUUGAAGCGUCUCAUCUGUAAUCGCAUGCCCAACCUACGAGCUAUCGAUAAGAACUUCAUUGCGAAAGCAGCCAAUUUGGUGGAACUUGAAAUUACGAUCUGUCCUAAACUGACCAGCCUGGAGCCGGAACUCUUUAUGGGACUUAAAGCACUGGAACGGCUGGACCUCAGCUACAAUGGAUUCCAGCAGGUACCGGAGCAGCUGGUCCACUGGAAUCGCAUCAAGCACGGAGUGAACCUGCAAGGCAAUCCAUUCAACUGUAAAUGCUCGCUCCAGUGGAUGUUGGAUAAGCUUAUCCCUGAGAUGAAACGUAACCGGGAGUUGCACCAUCUGUUUCCACAUUUGCGUUGUGCCCGGCCGGCGAUCUUUCAGGGUCAACUGCUCGUUCACCUGACGGCGUACGACAAUGCCCUCUGCAAAUCAACUCGAGAGCUGAUCGGUAUGGAGCAUGUGAUAACGGUGGCCGAUACUUCCGAGUUCUGGCUAGCGGUGCAGAAGACGAUACUGGUUGUCCUGAUCGUUUGCAUCGUGAUCGUCGCCUGUUAUCUGGUUUAUCUCAAGCGGAAACCUCGGUACACGGUGAUACCGAAGAAUAUAUGGAAUUACAAGUCGGGCACGUAGUGGUAACCGCCAUGCACGGCGUAUGUAAAAGUGCUCCCUCAUUUGAAACCAUGUCAAUCCCCUUCGUAAAGUACCGAGUAUCUCGGACUGUGAAAGUAGUCUUUAAAUCUAUGCUAGGUAAUGUGUUUGGUGCAUCCUUUCGUUUGAAAAAUAUAGUUCUCGAAAAACUAACUUACGAAAAAUAACGAAAUAAACUGAAAUUACAUUUUA